AUGGCGAAGCGUCAGCUUAAGGGCAGGCGCGGGCCACCUCGCAAAGCGAACAGCGUCAUCAAGCGGAAGUGCCAGUUCAAGAAAUGUCGGCGCGGUGUGGAUGUGAAAAACAUCAGCAACAAGCUCACUCUGGCCAAAAGUCAAGUGGACGCAGCCUCUUGCAGAAACAUAUCGGAAAGGUGCCAGGCAGUCAAGUUCUGCUGCGAAGACCACAUGAAAGCCUGCAAGAAGAACAAGGCUGCAGCCAAGCCACGAGGUGGGAGAGCUUGCUUGGACAUUGCGCAAAUCCAGUGCUUGUUCUCUGUGCUCCUGGAGGACGGGUGUGCCUGGGCAGCAGCCCUCAUGAUGACCCAGCUCUUCAUGGGGGAUCGUGCUGACGCAGCACGUCAGUGCCAAUGGUCUUGGCUGGAAAAUCUGGCCCCAGAGUCACUGAAACAGCCUACCAUGCGCAUCCCACGAGUAAAUGGCAAAACAAUUGCCAGGGAGGUGGCGCUUUUCCCUCCCUUCGCCCGGCUGCUUUGGAAAUGGUGCCAAGUCAGCCCCCUCCAAGCCAAAAAUGGGAGCCAGUGGCCUUGCGGCCACAAGCCCAGCGGAGAUGACCUUUUGUUCCCAGGUUACAGCAGCGAUGGUCAAAAAAGGCAAUGGGACAAGGCCAUCUCUGAACGAGCCUAUUUGGCCCGACUUCAUCGCGCAGCCUCAGUCAUUCAGAAAGCCCGCCGGCAAGCUGAAGAAUCGCAGGAGCAACACGCAUUUUGCGACUUCGACCUGAGCAAGCUAGGCACACACUCGUUCAAAAAAACAACAGUGACUUUGCUGUCUGAAGCCCAUGUCGCGUACUCCGUCAUCAGUUCAAUUUGCGGCACUUCAGUCAAGGUGCUCCAGAGCACAUAUGACUUGGCCACGCCAAGCCGCCAGUCCUCCGCAUGGCGGGUGGCCUUUAAGGACCUGGCAGACACGCUUGAUGCUGGUGGGAAAGCCGCUGCGCUGAGUCACUGCGGUGGGUGCGGGAAAAAGCAAGGCAAUGACAAACACCGCUUUUGCACGGACUGCGGCAUGGAGCUUUGA